AUGCCGGCGGUAGAUAGUAUCGUAUCUGACAGCUGUGACACGAACAUGAGCAGUGGUGGACCGAAUGGUGUGGAUGGGAACUGUGACUCUGAUAGACAGCAGUCCAUGGACGGCGAACUCCAACUACCUAAGGCAGCGGAAGCAGCCACUGGUCCGGAAUUCAGGCACAACUACGUGGAUCAUGCGCAGCAGGCGGUGCAGCGGCAGCAGCAAGAUGAGCUGGCCCGUCAGCGUGCAGCGGAGGCGGCGAACCGACGUUAG